ACCACGUACGGUCCGACCGUCCGAGCCAAUCCAGGAGCGCCGCCGAGCCCUCCUUCCUCCCGAUCGUUUCUCCCCACCACCACCACCAGCCGCAAAAAGAAAAUGUGCGGAAAGGGCCAGAACAACGGGCUCGCGUCGCCGGCGGGGACAAGCAGCACGGCGACCGCCAUCGUCGUCCUCGCGUCGCUGCUCCUCGCGGCCUCGGUCGCCGCUUUCUUUCUGUCGCCGUCGCCGUCGCCGGCAGCGGACGAGAAGCCCCCUGAGCCUGUGGAGCUCGCCAUCGGCGUCGCCGGGCACGAGGGCUGGCUGGACGCGCUCCGGGCGUGGGCGAAGCUGGCGUGCCUCAAGCUCCGCCCGCUCGAGCCAAGGUGUGAUCUGAGGAGCUCGGGGUCGAUGAAGAAGGCGGCCAGGCAGAGCCUGGCGAUGGGCAAGGAGGCCGUGGAGCACACGGCGGUGUCGGCCGCGAGGGCCGCCGAGGAGACCAUCGGGAGGACCACCGAGAAGGUGAGGAGGAAGGUCUCGGCGUCGCCGUCGCCGUCCGCGCCACGCGCCGAUGGAGACCUGUGAUCUGCAUGCAGGUCGACGCAAGCGCCAAAAUUUUGCGAGCUGUAUCCCUCCCUCCCACUUAUGUACCUGUAGCUUUCUACUAGUUUGAGAAGAAAAGUUGGUGUACUCGUUGUAACGUGCUGUAACAUGUGUAUGCGUAUCCUGCGAUUCUGUCUUUGAGACGUCAAGGAAAUGCAUUUUGGUUGCAAAUA